UUGGUCCCAGUCCGAUGCUCUUUUAUCAAAUAUUCCGUACGUUCAAAAAAAUCGAAUGCCAAGACUCAAAGAGGGAUCGGUACCCUCUCUUGUCAGGUCUCCCAAACAACAGUUCUCAACUUGGGAUCCUCAAAAGCACCUUAUUUGCCUGGUAUGCAGCUGCAUGGUUCAAGUAGAACUUGAAUUGCAUUAAGAAGCUUGGAUAAUUAUGGGGUGCUUAAAUCAGCAGUCUGGAGUCGACGCAUUUGUUGAACCCAAGGACUGUUCCAUGAAGGCUUCCAGAGGUGCUUUAGCAUGUAUGGUGAAUUCAGAAAUAGGUGCAGUUUUGGCUGUGAUGAGGAGAAAUGUACGAUGGGGAGUUCACUAUAUCACAGAUGAUGGUCAACUAGAGCACAGUCUUAUUCAAUCUUUCAAGGAAUUACGGAGAAAAAUUUUCUCAUGGCAGCAUCAAUGGCAAAAUAUUAAUCCGAUUGUGUACCUCCAGCCGUUUUUGGAUGUGAUUAAAUCUGAUGAAACCGGUGCACCAAUCACUGGUGUUGCUUUGUCAUCCAUUUACAAGAUCUUAACUCUUGAGAUACUUGAUUUAAAUACUGUGAAUGUAGCUGAUGCUUUGCAUCUAAUAGUUGAUUCUGUGACAAGCUGCCGGUUUGAGGUGACCGAUCCUGCCUCCGAAGAAGUGGUACUGAUGAAGAUACUUCAGGUUCUUUUGGCUUGUAUGAAGAGUAAGGCAUCGGUUAAGUUGAGUAAUCAGCACGUGUGCAACAUAAUAAAUACCUGCUUUCGUGUAGUUCAUCAAGCAAGCUCUAAAGGUGAAUUGUUGCAGAGGAUAGCGCGGCAUACCAUGCAUGAAUUAGUUAGAUGUAUUUUUUCACACCUGUCAGAUAUUGACAAUACAGAAAAUGCAGUGGCUCGGGGAGGCAGGUCAUAUGUCAAUAAAGAGGUUGGUGCACCAAGUAACAAUCUUACUUCUGAGGGUAGACCACAAGAAAAUGGCCAUACCAGUUCAGAAUAUGAUGGUCUGCCACCUUCAGCUGGAGUUGCUUCUACUGUUUCAACAGCUGCAGUAUCAGCCAGGAUGGAUGAAAAUAUAACUGAGGUUAGUCCGCAGGAUGAGGGGGCUGCUCAAAAUGGAGAGCAUCUUAUGACGGAACCCUAUGGGAUCCCAUGCAUGGUAGAGAUAUUUCACUUCCUGUGUUCUCUUUUGAAUGUAAUGGAGCACAUUGAAGUGGGUCCUAUAUCAAACCCUAUAGCAUAUGAUGAAGAUGUUCCCCUAUUUGCAUUGGGUUUAAUUAAUUCGGCUAUUGAACUGGGUGGGGAAUCUAUUGGACAUCAUCCUAAAUUAUUGGCUUUGAUACAGAAUGAACUGUUCCAAAACCUGAUGCGGUUUGGCUUCUCAAUGAGUCCUCUAAUUUUUUCAACAGUAUGUAGCAUUAUUCUCAAUCUUUAUUGUCAUCUGAGGACGAAGCUGAAACUACAGCUUGAAGCUUUCUUCUCUGAUGUGCUUUUGAGGAUUGCACAAAGCAAGCAUGGCUCUUCAUACCAACAGCAAGAGGUCGCUAUGGAGACUCUUGUUGACCUUUGCAGGCAGCAAAUGUUUAUGUCUGAAAUGUAUGCAAACUUUGAUUGUGACAUAUCCUGCAGCAAUGUGUUUGAAGAUCUAGCCAAUCUGCUAUCAAAAAGUGCAUUUCCAGUGAACAGCCCUCUAUCUUCGAUGCAGAUUCUUGCUUUGGAAGGACUGAUUGCUAUGAUUCAGGUUAUUGUUGAGAGGAUAGGCAAUGAAUCACCACCUUCAGAACAGACUCAAUUAGAUCUAGAUGGAUAUAAACCAUUCUGGACUGUGAAAUGUGAGAACUAUGGUGAUCCUAGUCAUUGGGUUCCAUUUGUUCAUAGGAUGAAGAAAAUCAAGAGAGGGUUGAUGAUUGGAGUCGAUCACUUUAACCUGGAUCCUAAGAAAGGUUUAGAAUUUCUCCAAGCAAUGCAUCUGAUACCUGAUAAACGUGAUUCCCAAAGUGUAGCUUGUUUUUUGAGGUACACAACUGGUUUAGAUAAGAAUCUUAUUGGGGAUUACCUGGGAAACCACGAUGAAUUCUGUGUUCAAGUCCUUCAUGAAUUUGCUGGAACUUUCGAUUUUCAAGACAUGAAUUUGGAUACUGCACUGCGCGUUUUCUUGGAAUCUUUCCGAUUGCCUGGAGAAUCACAGAAGAUCCAUAGAGUGCUUGAGGCAUUUUCAGGAAGAUAUUAUGAGCAAUCACCACAAAUUCUGGUCAACAGAGAUGCUGCACUCGUGUUGUCAUAUUCACUUAUAAUGCUUAACACAGAUCAACACAAUGUACAGGUGAAGAAGAAGAUGACAGAAGAAGAUUUUAUCCGUAACAACCGGCGCAUCAAUGGAGGGAAUGAUCUCCCUCGGGAGUACCUGUCAGAGCUUUAUCACUCAAUUUGUGAGAACGAGAUCCGCAUGACACCAGAGCAAGGUUCUGGUUUUCCAAUGAUUUCACCAAGCCACUGGGUCAGUCUAACGCACAAAUCAAAACAAACUGCUCCAUUCAUCACCUGUGAUCCUAGAGCGCACCUUGACUAUGAUAUAUUUACUAUAUUGUCGGGUCCUACAAUUGCUGCCAUCUCGGUUGUUUUUGAUCAUGUAGAACAGGAAGAUGUCUUACAAACUUGUGUUGAUGGAUUCUCGGCCAUUGCUAAAAUUUCGGCAUGUUAUCAUCUUGAUGACGUAUUGAAUGAUUUGGUUGUAUCUCUCUGUAAAUUCACAACCCUCAUGCUUCCAUUUUCCAUUGAAGAGGCUAUUCUUGCUUUUACGGAUGACACUAAAGCAAGAAUGGCAACCAUAACAGUUUUCACCAUGGCAAAUAGAUAUGGUGAUUACAUUCGCUCUGGAUGGAAAAACAUACUAGAUUGCAUCUUAAGCUUGCACAAGCUAGGCCUUCUGCCAUCUCGUCUGGCUAGUGAUGCUGCUGAUGAAUUGGAGCCUUCUUCUGAGUUGGAGCGAGAUAGACCUGCUACUAGUUCCCCACCUGCUCCUCACAUGCCUUCUACAGUGACUCCUCGGAAAUCAUCUAGCUUAAUGGGGCGGUUCAGCCAGUUCUUAUAUCUUGAUACAGAAGAGCCUGCACCACAACCAACAGAAGAACAGCUUGUGGCUCAUCAGAGCACUGUUCAGAUGGUUCAGAAUUGCAAUAUUAAUUGCAUAUUUACGGAAAGCAAAUUUCUACAAGCUGAAUCCUUAAUGCAGCUUUCUCAGGCCCUUAUUUUGGCUGCAGGGCAACCCAAGAAGGGGAAUAACUCUCUUGGAGAUGAACAGACAAGAGUUUUUUGCCUAGAGUUGCUGAUUGUGAUCACGCUGAAUAACCGGGAUAGGAUUAUGCUUCUCUGGCAGGCGGUUUAUGAGCACAUAGCCAAUAUUGUUCAGUCAACAACAAUGCCUUGUGCUCUGGUGGAGAAGGCUGUGUUUGGUCUGCUCCGCAUAUGCCAGCGGCUUCUUCCUUACAAGGAAAAUCUGACUGAUGAGCUUCUUAAGUCGCUUCAACUGAUACUGAAACUUGAUGCACGGGUUGCUGAUGCAUACUGUGAACACAUUACACAAGAAGUUAUGCGCCUUGUCAAAGCAAAUGCAAUGCAGAUAAGAUCUCAUAUGGGUUGGCGCACAAUCGCUUCUUUGCUUUCUAUCACAGCUCGACAUCCGGAAGCAUCUGAAGCAGGAUUUGAAACACUAGCCUUUAUAAUGUCCGAUGGGGCCCACCUGUUACCAGCAAAUUACGUUUUAUGUGUGAAUGCUGCUCGGCAGUUUGCUGAGUCUCGAGUUGGGAAUGUUGAUCGAUCUGUGAGAUCCUUGGAUCUGAUGGCAGGAUCCAUUAUUUGCCUAUUAAGAUGGUCUUCCACGACCGUGGAAGAUGUGGGGAAGGAGGCUGCUCUCAAAAUGCAUCAGGAUAUAUGGGAGAUGUGGUUGAGGCUGGUACAGGGACUGAGGAAAGUGUGUUUGGAUCAGAGAGAGGAGGUGAGGAAUCAUGCUAUUUUGUUGUUGCAGCAGUGCUUGACAGGAGCAGAUGGGAUCUACCUUCCAAAUGAGUUGUGGUUGCAGUGGUUUGAUCUCGUGAUAUUCACAUUGCUCGAUGAUUUAGUAGAAUUUGCACAGGAUAAGUCUCCAAAGGACUAUAGGAACUUGGAAGGAACACUUACUUUGUCUAUUAAACUCUUGUCAAAAGUAUUCUUACAAUUGCUGCCUGAUCUCUCACAGUUGACAUCUUUCUGUAAACUUUGGCUGGGGGUUCUUAAUCGCAUGGACACAUUUAUGAAGAUGAAAUUCAGAGGGAAACGGAGUGAGGCGAUCCAUGAACUAGUUCCGGAGCUCCUCAAGAAUACUCUGCUUGUCAUGAAAACUAGGGGAAUUCUCGUGCAGAGUGAUGCUAUUGCUGGGGACAGUUUCUGGCAACUAACUUGGUUGCAUGUCAAGAAUAUAUCCCCAUCUUUGCAAUCAGAAGUUUUCCCCGGUAAUGAAUUGGAGCAUUUACAGACAAAGCACAUUAAAACAGGGGGUGGUCCUAUACCUGAUGGGAAUUUAUUUGCUCCCUCAAGUGAGACCAUCGCCUGAAGAUAGUUCCCAGAUAGCAGGGUUACAAUUACAAUUUCUUUGGUGAAUUGAAAAAGCUUGGUAGAUGAUCCCGCAUAAUUUGCCCAGAUUUGUGCUAUACCAUUGUUAAGCUGAUCUGUGUAUAUUGGGUACUGGUACCCACAGUAGAGAAACAAUUGCAACUCACCCUGUUAAAGAUUUGUGGACGGUGCAAGGUUCAAACAAAAGGAGGGAAGCAGACGCCAGGCUGCUUAUUUUGACAGUUUGGUCUGUGUGAUUCAUAUAAUUUGUAUCCAUCAGUACAGGUGCUUUUUCCUUUUUAUUCAUCUUUGCUCUCCAUGAACUCUGAAAAGAGGGUGUGCGGUGAUUAAAUACACCAUGGGGUUAUCGGGAUUGCUCCUUAAUUUUGUUCCAGCAUAAUAGUUUCCUAAUUUCUGUAUUACUAACGUUUAAAAAUUACAAUAUGCACCAUUUUUUUCUGUAUGAAUGGUGUCCUAUUUUAUAAAAUAAUACAGAUCGGUUCAUCCAGGGAUUUCUAAA